AUGCUUUCUACAAUAACAUACACCAAUUCUAGUAUAAUUAUUCUAAAUGAGAAAGUAUUAAAUAUAUACAAGAACGGAGAGCACAGUCAAAUACAACUGCAAAGCAGAGGAGUAUUGGUGUAUGAUAAGUAUGUAAUAACAGAAAACAAAGAUAUACUUGAAAUACACAACAACACAGUUGAUGUUAUUGGAAAAACACACAAAAUACCAACGAAGAUCACAGUUGACAAUGGGUCUAUGUACAUUGCAGAUAAGUCUGGCUCUGUGUAUAGGCUAGAAAGUCUAGAGAAUCUAUCUAAAAACCCAUCUGAAAGCAUACCAACCCAUUUAUUUGGAUCUAUUUCUAUGAUAACAGAUAUUAUUGCUACGGAUGGAUUGGUUAUUACCGCUGACAAGGAUAACAAAAUACGUAUUACAGAAAACCAAUAUCCACAUAGAAUACAAAAAUUCAUCCAAGUGCACAGCAAGCCACUUAUAUCCAUGGCCAUUGCAGGAGAAUAUUUGGUAUCUGGUGGUUAUGAUUGGUAUGUUUCAUUGUAUAAUUUUAAAUCUAAGAAAACCUUUAUUUUUGACCUUAUAACCCAUAAAACCCAAGAUUUAGGAGAUAUCUUCCCUGGUGUAGAUACUCCUGAAAGCAUAUCAAAUAUUAACCUAGAAUGUGAAAGCAGAGUAAAAAAAAUUCUUGCAUAUGGCGAAACAGUUGUUAUAUUAAAAGCAGAAAGCCUUUUUUUAGUAGACCUAUCCAAGCUAACCAACGAUGGAUAUAUAUCCUGUGCUGAAAUACCCAGCUUAUCUGGCAAGCCACUUGUUGAUGGCAUGUCUAUGAAAGAAGGAUAUGCUGUAUUAGAUGAGGAAGGCUCAUUGUUUACAUUUACCCCAGAAAACCCAGUACAGAUGAAAAUGCUGCAGGUUCCAAACUAUACACAUAAAAUCGAUAUUUCGAUUGCUAAUAAGUACUUGGAGUAGAGUAAGUGAAUAAAUA